CUACUCCCGUUAUUUGUACUCUUUCAUUCUUGAGAAACGAAUCUGACGAUUUAUUUUUCUUGUACAAAAGAUAAUUGCAUUGCAUACAACAAAGACAGUGAAAAGACCUACUUUUACGAUUUCCACGACAUCAUCUCUCUGUAUCACGAAGCUUCUGAUUGGUAGACUUGUUGCACCGCUUCUUUGACUCGACUCAACUUCAACUCAACACUUUACCACCACAACAUUCUUGACUGAAUUAAGACAUACUCUUAAAAGUCAGACUAUCUUUAUUCACAACAGAGACAACCUCGCUCAAUACACUCCCCGCUCAUAUCUCACCCACUCACUCUUCAACCGCCAAUAUGAAGAAGAACGACGUUAUCGCCAUCAUCAUCAUCAUCCUCUUCAUCAUCCUCGCUGGUGUCUCAUUCGGAAUCUGGAAGCUGGUCUCAAUGGCCAAGAACCACAUGAGCGCGACUGGUUCAAGCCGAAGCUCCACCGAUAUCGCCGACUGAUUCAGAGAAGUAUCGUCUUCCUGGACCACACUGUCGACCUUUUCAAGGCUUUCAAGCCUUUCUUCUCGAUACCCCUCCAAGCACAGAAAGCGCUUGGUUGUUUAACUUUCUUGUUUAUUCUACUUUGGGCACAGCGGUUUCGUGAUGAUGAUUAGAUGUCACUAUUUUGUUUUUCUUUUCUGGUCACAACAUAAAAAUCACGGUGGAAUGUGGGUUGGUAAUGUCUGGACGGUUGGUUAGUGAUUGGAUAUGAAUCACUCAUGUUAUGGUUUACGGCGCAAUAUCACGGUGGCUUUGACGAAUAUGUCUAUUUUGGAUAUGGAUUAUGUAUACAUGGGUGGUUGCAAGAUAGACUGCU